AUGAGAAGCACUGUGGGGAAAAUUUGGGGCAACAAAACUGUGACAGAGUUGGGUUACUUUGAAAGCAUUGCAUUUGAAAGUCCUGAGAAUGAUAUCAGAAGGGUUCUACCUCCAGGCUUGAAAUAUAAGUACACUAAAAUGGAAACAGUAACCAAGUUGUGCCCGAGAAAGAAAGCUGCUGAUGGCAAAACCAACAUAUAUCCAAAUCCAUUUUCUUAUGACAUGCGCUUUGACAUGUCAGUGAAAAAUUCUAAAGGAGAAGCUGCAUGGGGCAGUGCCAUCCCUAUCUCCGUCGGAAACAGUUUUUACCAGCAUUAUCCGUAUUCAAAUGAAAUUCCAAAAUCAAGUGCAAGGAUUGGACACUUAGCGGGCUCCUUGCAAAUUUAUGCUGAAGGGAUCUAUGAUGCUAAAGAAGGAAGCCUGUGCAUGGUAGGUUGCCGAAAUCUGGGCUCAAACAGUGAACAGCCAACAAAAGAUUCUGUAGAUUGUGAGAUUCUUGUCAAUUUCCAGUUCCCUCCCACAAAUUCAAAGCAUGGAAGUUUUAUCAAGGGCAGCAUUAAAAGUACAAGGAAAAAGUCUGAUCCUCUUAUUUUUGAAGCUUGGAAUUUGUUUUCAGCUUCUGGUUACCUGGUUGAAGCAAAGCGAUCCAUUUGGAGAAUGGAUGUGGAGAUCACCUUGGUUCUUAUAUCCACCACACUGGCAUGUGUUUUUGUGGCAUUACAAAUCUUCCAUGUGAAAAAACAUCCUGAUGUGCGUCCCUCCAUCUACAUGAUACCACUUAUGCUAAAUUUUGAAGCCAUGUUCACAAAGAAAACCAACCGCCGAAAUGUUUCACUAGGAAGUGGUGGAUGGCUUGAAGUUAACGAGGUAAUUGUAAGGGUAUUAGGUGCUUUGCUUCUAAAGAAUUGGAGGAAGGCUGACAGUGACAAUGAUUUCGUGGUGCUUUCAAGUUAUUUUCCAGAGCAUCCCAUUUUGGAUGCCUUGAAAUCUUAUGGUGGUUUGGUGUUGGAUGGUUUUCUGUUGCCUCAAAUUCUUCUCAACAUGUUCUGCAAAUCAAAGGAAAAGGCUUUGUCUGUUUCAUUCUACAUUGGAACAACCUUCGUUCGAGCGAUGCCACAUGCAUAUGAUCUUUACAGGGCUCAAAACUCUGCUCAUCACCAGUUGCAUGCGUCAUACCUUUAUGCAAGUCCUGUGGCAGACUUUUACUCCACUGCUUGGGAUGUCAUUAUUCCUUUUGGGGGUUUACUUUUUGCUGGGAUCAUUUACUUGCAGCAGAAGUUUGGGGGUCUUUGCAUUCUUCCUCAAAAGUUGAGAGAGUUGGGUGAAUAUGAGAAGGUCUCUACUGUUACUGAAGGUUAA